AUGCCCCAAAACCGCAAACAACGGCGUGCCGCCGCGGUCGCAGCAGCAGAAAACGACACUAUCACCGACGCAUCCUCAAUCCCCCUCUCACGACCACCCGAAUUCUCCAAGACGAGCAACAAAAACAACUCACGACAAGCUAAAACCCUCCUCGAAAUCGCAGCUGAGCGACAACAAGAACUAAACCAACAUCUCAGAAAUAACAACAAUGGCAAAGGAAAGAAGAAGAAAACUCCACAAGUCCCAAACGGACAAUUCAUCGACCUAAACGCAACAGAGACACAGUUCCUCGAAUUAUCAUCGUCAGGACAAAUAUCAAGCCUCGAUCCGAACACCCUCCGCUCGAAAACCCCCAAGACGAAAGAAGCGGAAGAAAAAGAAGAAGAAGAUGAUGAUGAUGGAGAAUUACCACCUUUAAUCGACACCUUAUUCACAUCCAUCCCUCUAACAACCGUCCAUUUCACACUCGCCUUCCUCGCAGCGCACCAAUACGUCCAAGAAAUCAUCUGGAAAGACAUAAUCAAAGAAUCACUAUUCAUCGCCUUCCCCGUCCUAACAUUCGUCAUCCAUCUCGCCCACGGCCACAUCAUCUCCUUCCCCUUCCGCCGAAAACGAAAACAGCCAAAACCAUCCCCCACGCCGCCGAAAGAGCCGUCGGCAUCAUCACUAAUAUCCGACGCUCUGAUAGGCGACUUCUUCACUUCUCGGACGCUACUAUUUUUCCUUCCCCUCGCAAUUGUGUUGGGCGGAUCACUUGUUCAAACUACCAAUCAGGCCGGGUACUACGCUGUUAUGAAGAGGGCGCCGAGUAUAGGCACAAUGUGGGUUUGGUGUGUGUUGGAGAUAUCGUCUCCGUUGGCGGCGUUGGUGGCUUUAUUGGUACCCCUGGGGUGGGGGGUAGGCGUUAUGGGGUAUAAGAUUUAUUGA